UUAAAGUAAAGCACGCUUCAUUUCGAAGCGAAGUUAGUCACACAUCACCGAGUUUUACAGGCCAUUCGUAAUCAGUGCACAUACAUAGUUGGAAAACACUGUGUUCAUGAAUGUGUGUUAAAACAAUCGUUAUCAGAUUCCACAUUGGUUAUCAUUAAGAUAUCCACGGCUGUAUAGCGUUGGCUAAAGUAUUGUAAAGUCGUAUACAAAGUGGUAAUUUUUUAUUUAAAAAAAUGACGCAAAGUGCAGGAGUGGUGAACAAUGCGGGAAUACAUUUCACUAAAACGGAGACCGAAUACAAUAUGAAGUCUAUACGAUUUCUAUUGUUAACCAUCACGACUAUGUUUAUUGUGAUAGCAGCAUUAAUGAUAGUGCUGGGUAUCUCAGUGUACUCUCACUAUCAUGGGCUAUCCUUCUUCUACGAGUCCGGUUCUGCAGGGUAUAUCAUGACCCCAUCAUCGCUGAGCGUAUUCAUCGGAUUGGCGCUGCUGUUGGUGUCCAUCUUUGGGUUCUUCGGCAGCUUGAAGCUGAGCACUUGCAUGGUUAAUGUGUAUGCGUGCAUCCUCAUGGCGGUGUUCAUCAUUAAGCUGGUGGUCGUCAUUCUGGCCUUCACCAUGGACAGCGGCAGAUUACUGCAUUACAUCAACGUGCCUGUUUGGGCAUACAAUGAUCCCGAGAUUCAACAAGAGAUGGACGCUUUGCAAUCUGCUCUCGGUUGCUGCGGCAGCAAUUCCUUCAUGGAUUACCAGGGCAUGGAGUUCACCAACAACCAGACCACAGUACAGGCCACACUGCUCAUAGACGGAGAGCUGGUUACCCUGACUCUGCCCGAGGUCUGCUGCUUUUCUAGCGCAGCAGGACAAUGCGAUAGGGUAGCUGGCAUCGGCUGCAAGGAUGCCUUGGUCAAUGCUCUGAUACAAAACUCCACUGUCAUUGGUGUACUUGGAGUUUCUGUUAUGUUUAUUAAUCUUCUUGGAAUUAUCUUCGCCUUGCUCCUGGCUCGCUGCAUCAGAAAACUGAAGAGCGCCAGGGCCCUGAUCACGUGGAAAAUCAAGGAGAAGAUCAUCAUGGAACGCGAAGCUGAAGAUGCGUAUAACAAGGAGGCUGGUCAGGUCUACAUUGACCAUCAGGCUUCUAGCACAGCAUAAACAACUAAAAAAAGAACAAAUGAUUCUAUUUUUAAGUCAGUAGUGAUUUUCAUUUGUGUCGACACACAUAUACAUAGGUGGUUGUUGUAAAGGUUGUAAAAUAUAAACAAACACAAAACAUGUUACAUGUUUGUAGACUAUAAAAGAUAAUAAUUUACUGGCAGUAAGAAAUAGUUCUUUGUUUCUAUGUCAUAUGAGUACUUUUUUAUUCUUCUCUACAUUAAGUAUGAUUGCCGCCUUAAUGAUUACUUCUAACUAUUGUUUGGGUUGAUUUGCUCCCAUUUUAGCCUCAAAUAAUAAUUUUGCCUGACGUUGCUGCUUUUUUUUUCAAAUUAAGAUUUUUCGACUUUGUUAAUUUUCUGAGACAAAAAUAUGUUGUACUCAUAACUUUGUAAAUAUAUUAUUAACGAAAUGUAUAAAACAUUUAAAUUGACACUUUUAUGAAAUUAUGAUUAUAUUUUUAAAAUACAUUGUACCUAACUCUUAGAUUAUAAAUAUGUAUAAAAUUAAAUAAAACUACAAAAUUGGACUGCA